AUGGUGCUAACCGCUGCCACUGCUGCCGCUCCUACAGCUCCUACAGCUCCUCCUCUCCGUCGAUCAGAACGUUUGACAAGGGCCUUGACCCGCUCUACCAAGAAGAUACGGACGCAUACUAUGGCGACCCCUCAGAAAGAUGAUAUCCAAGACACAUGGUCUUUCUUGGAGCAUGGCAUCAACAGUGUGAUGCUGAAACUGGAGGAAGGCGUUGACAUGAAGACAUACAUGGCACUUUACACGGCGGUCCAUGACUUUUGUACAUCACAAAAAGCUGUUGGUAACAGCGGAGGUCUCCAAGCUCUCAGGGGUGCCCAUCUUCUCGGCGAGGAACUUUACAAUCUUCUGGGACAAUAUCUAUCGAAACAUUUAGAGAACGUUUAUCAAGCCUCCGAAACUCAUAGCGAAGAAGCUUUACUGGGCUUUUAUAUUCGGGAGUGGGAUCGGUAUACAACAGCCGCGAAGUAUGUGAACCAUUUGUUCCGCUACCUGAAUAGACACUGGGUCCGACGAGAGAUCGACGAAGGCAAGAAGAAUAUCUACGACGUGUACACACUACAUCUAGUCAAAUGGCGCGAGGAUUUCUUCAAGCGAGUUCAGGAGAAGGUGAUGGCUGCUGUUCUGACUCUCGUGGAGAAACAACGUAAUGGCGAAACAAUCGAGCAGUCACAGAUCAAGAGCAUCGUGGACUCAUUCGUUUCACUUGGCUUGGACGAGAAUGACAGUACCAAAUCAACCCUGGAGGUUUACCGGCACUACUUUGAACGUCCUUUCAUCGACGCCACUCGUGUCUACUAUGAGAAUGAAUCUCGCCAGUUUGUUUCGGAGAAUAGUGUUGUAGAGUACAUGAAGAAGGCGGAAUCGCGAUUGGAUGAAGAGAAGGCCCGUGUUGGCCUGUACUUACACCCGGAUAUCACCAAGCGAUUAACCGAGACAUGCCUGGAUGUUUUGGUCACCACCCACUCCAGUCUUCUCCGCGACGAAUUUCAAGCCCUACUGGACAACGACCGACAAGACGAUCUGGCUCGUAUGUACAGGUUACUCUCGAGAAUAAAGGACGGUCUAGACCCCCUCCGCUCCAGAUUCGAAAAACACGUUCGCAAUGCAGGCACUGCUGCGGUUGAGAAAGUUGCUGCAGAUGGGGAGAAUUUUGAGCCGAAGAUGUAUGUGGAUGCUUUAUUGCAGGUUCACUCUCGAUACCAGACACUGGUCAAUGCCGCUUUCGCAGGCGAAUCCGAAUUUGUUAGGUCCCUCGAUAAUGCUUGUCGUGAAUUUGUGAAUCGGAAUUCCAUCUGCAAGACCAGUUCGUCGAAAUCGCCAGAGUUGCUGGCACGCUACACAGAUUCUCUAUUGAAGAAAGGUUCCAAAGCUACUGAAGAGUCUGAGUUGGAGGAGAUGCUCAACCAGAUUAUGACGGUUUUCAAAUAUAUUGAAGAUAAGGAUGUAUUCCAGAAGUUCUACUCGAAAAUGCUUGCAAAGCGUCUUGUCCACGUCAGUUCCGUGUCCGAUGAUGCUGAAACCAGUAUGAUCAGCAAGUUGAAGGAGGCGUGUGGUUUUGAGUACACCAAUAAAUUGCAGCGCAUGUUCCAGGAUAUCCAAAUUUCCAAGGAUCUCAAUGCCAGUUACCGGGAUUGGCAAGAAAAAGUCCACGACGAAGAAGACCGAAAGAAGAUGGUGGACCCUCACUUCCAGAUUCUGGGCACAGGAUUCUGGCCUCUCAAUGCGCCAUCGACAGAAUUCAUACCGCCGACAGAAAUCGUCAAGACAGCAGAAAGAUUUCAACACUUUUACUUUGACAAGCACAGCGGUCGUAAGCUGACAUGGCUGUGGCAGUUGUGCAAGGGUGAAAUGAAGGCCAACUACAUCAAGAACACCAAGGUUCCAUAUACAUUCCAGGUGUCGACGUAUCAAAUGGGAAUAUUACUUCUUUAUAACGAGCACGACUCUCUCGACUUUGACGAGAUCCAAAAGGCUACCAAGCUAGCCAAUGAGGUCCUCGAGCCGAAUAUUAGUCUGCUAUUGAAGGCCAAAGUCCUUUUAGCUAGUCCUGAGGGAUCGAAGCCCGCCCCGGGAGUCUCAUUCACUUUGAACCACAAUUUCAAGCACAAGAAGGUCAAGGUCAAUCUGAAUCUACAGAUCAAGUCAGAGCAAAAGACCGAAGCCGACGAUACCCACAAAACGAUUGAGGAGGACCGUAAACUUCUUCUACAGUCCGCAAUCGUGCGAAUCAUGAAAUCACGCAAGAAGAUGAAGCACGUCCAAUUAGUCCAAGAAGUAAUCCAACAAGUCAAAGCACGCUUCCCACCCAAAAUUCCAGACAUCAAGAAGAACAUUGAAGCUCUCAUGGAAAAAGACUAUAUUGAACGGUUGGACAAUGACGAAUUGGCAUAUAUUGCAUAA